CUUGCUGCCGGGGAACUCAGCAAGCUCAGUUUGUCUUGUGCCAUGAUCGGAAUCGGAGUCCCGCGGUGGUCGCUGCCGGUGGCGACAUUCCAGCUGCUGCUGCUACUAGUUUCGACAGCUGACUGGACGCUGGCAUUUCACAAAUCGUUUGAAGAGCUGAGCGUUCAUACACUUCCUAAUUCGGGAUCUCUAGAAGACUGUUCCUUGCGACUGCAGAAGCUGGUCGAUCGACAGGCCACCACUCCGGCGGUCCAGUAUCCAACCUUCUCCCGGGAGUUUGCCCAUCUGGUCGCGAUCGGUUGGAAGCAAACCAGUGGGGACAUCGAGUGGAGGUGCUCGGGAACGUUGAUCGCAGAGGACUACGUCCUAACCGCUGCUCACUGCACCCAGGAUGAAGGGAACGACCCAACGACCGUCCGGGCCGGCGACCUGGACCUGUACGGGGCCAAAGAUGACCGCUUUGCGCAACAGACGGACAUUGCGGAAAUCGUCCGUCAUCCCGAGUUCAACUUCAACAGUGCCUACCACGACGUCGCGCUGCUCAAACUCGCCAAACCGGUGACCGUGACCGAUUUUGUAACGCCGGCUUGUUUGUACACCAACGAUUCGUUUUCGUUCGGAAAGCUGCACGCCACCGGCUGGGACUUUUAUACCGACGUCUCUCCGCCCAUCUACAACACCCCACUGAACAUAAUUAACCAGGAUCGGUGCAAGUUCUGGUACCGCACAAACAAAGAUGCCUUCCGGCGGGGCAUCAACCGAAUGCAGAUGUGUGCCGGUGACGAGGUGCUCACAGAAUGCCCCGGCGACACCGGCGGUCCGCUGCAGAUUCGACUGCUGUCCAGCUCGAGGUACACCCCGUUCGUGGUCGGCGUUUCGGCGCUGGGAGUUCCCUGCGGUCAGACUACGCCGGGAGUUUACAUCAAGAUUGCUCACUACAUUUACUGGAUCGAAGAUGUAACGAAGAAGAACUUUGCACCUCAGGAGUGCGUCACGAGGCAUAUUUCUUUCAGAGAGGCUGACGAAGCGUUGGUUGCACCGAGCUCAAAGGGAUCCUUCAGUCAACCCUAUCUGACGGGAAAGAAGGAGUCAAUCGAUGCAAACCCCAACAAUGCACAGCUGCACAUUUUCAAAGAAUUCAAGUGCGCAGUUGGAAAGGAUGGUGAGAAUGUUGAUUGGAUUUGCGGUUGCACGAUAGUGGCACAAGAUUUCGCACUGACGUCGGCUCGUUGCGUAAAAAAUGUUGAAGUCGACGUCGUCAACUACAAGAACGACUGGAAGCGGAUUGCCGAGAUAAUCUUCCACCCGGACUACGACAAAAAAACGCUCUACAACGAUCUGGCACUGAUACGGCUGCAAACCGAUAACAGAAAUCGAUACGACUGGAAGUCGGUGUCCUGCGUUGCCACCAUCGACGAAGAUCAAAGGCACUUCCUUUCGUUCGGCAUCGGUCCGUACAACCUGAACGACGACGGCACCGUCGGGGACAACAACACGGACGGAACGGAACGGUAUCUGACGGCGCGGUUGCCACUGCUCGAGCCGGCCAAUUGUACCGAGUUUUACAAGACUUAUGGCAUCCUGAAGGAGGGACUCAACGAGACGCAGUUUUGCACCUGGUCACGGGACUGGCUCGUUCCGGGGACGUGCGAACCCUGGAACGGGAACGAGGUCCUGGGGGAGGUCCGCCCGGCCGAUGACACCAAUCCAUUUCCGGAGGACGUGCUGGGCGUUGGGUCGUACGCACCGGACUGUGGCUUUGGGCGGCCGAUGGUGGCGACCCGGGUGGCAGCGUUCCGCGAGUGGAUGGACACGGUCAUCUAUCGGGCGGUUAACGUCAACAGUGUGCGGCAGGUCCUGUUGGAGAAGGAGCUCGCGCUGGACUACAUCUGCGAGGGGCCGGACCGGGAGGCGGGCGUGUGCGUCCACAUCGACCACUGCCAGCACCGGGACCUGGGGGACGAAAUCAAGUUCUGCACCAACGAGACGGCCCCGAUCGUUUGCUGUCCGGUUAAUUCGUUCAUCGCGACGGCACAUUUGCCACUGCUGACCGAGUGCGAAACCAAUUACCAGCGCUUCAGGCCCAAAUCGGUGGACUUUGCCGAGGGCGGCCCGCUGGACGAGGACGGCACCAGUCGGCAUCCGCAUUCGGUGAUGAUCGGCUGGAAAGUCAACAGAACGGCCACCAACUGGCACUGCAUGGGCACGUUAAUUAACAGGAACACGGUCCUGACGACGGCCAGCUGCACCAACAGCGUCAAGAGACGCAGUCCGGAUGUAAUUAGCAUCGGUGAGAGCGAUGUCAGCCGCAUCAACGACGGCGAAGCGCAAAUCAUUGCCGUGAAAGAGACCGUCCGCUAUCAGAGCUACAAUUCCAAAACGCGCGACGGGGACAUCGCCGUGCUGAAGUUGGAGUCGGAAGUGUCCAUCAACGCCAACGCCGUGCCGGCCUGUUUGUGGCGCGACCUGAACCGCACCCCAUUCUACGCGCAGCAGGUUCAGUUCGACAAGCGGACAAUGACCGCCCACGACAAGAACCUGGUGCACAACCGGGACUGCCAGCAGUUUACGUCCCACACGGACCUCAACAACGACCAGAUGUGCUGGCAGGAGUUCCGGCUGCGGCCCGACGGCCAGGACGCGCCCAACUGUGCCCACAAGGGCGAUCCGUUCGUGAGCUGGCAGCGGCAGUCCAACAACGUCUACCUGCCGUACCUGGUCGGUCUGUACAGCUACGGGGACAAGGAACGGUGCGCGACCGGGGAACCGGUCCUGGCCACUCGGAUUACGUCCUACAUCAACUGGAUCAGUUUGUACAUGUAGGAGGGAUGCGGGCGUUUUUUGUAGGAAAUAAAACGAUUCUUUUAUCGAGAUGAUUAUGA